ACAAAGUAGUUCAAAUUCAAAAGUCAGAAAUGGCGCCUGUGAAACGUCUCUCUAAUGUGUAUGAUCUUUUGUUUUGGAAAUUUAUCUUCACAGCGUGGCAAUCUGCAUGUUUUUCACAGAACGUGAUACAUGAACCGAGACAGUAAUGAGGGGAUAAGCACGAAAGAAAAUGAAACUGACAGAAGGAAACUGACCAUAAUUGCAACAAAGAUGAACAGUCGGUGCAAGAUUUGUGAGGAAGAUGAAAAGUGGUCUUCUACAAAAUGCAGAUUAUAAAGCCG